CACCUGUCCCCCAGGAUGAGCGCUGAGAACAUGGAGGUGAGAUGGUUCCGAUCGGAUUUCCUUUCAUUUGUGCACCUGUAUCAGCAUGGGAAGGAUCAAUACAGGAACCAGAUGCCAGACUAUCGUGGAAGGACAGAGCUUUUGAAAGCUGGCAUCACGGAUGGGAAUGUUUCCUUGCAGAUUCUUAAUAUCAGACACUCAGAUGAAGGACAAUACAACUGUUUUGUUCAAGAUGGUUCUUUUUAUGAAGAAGCCCUAUUGGAACUGAAGAUAGCAGCUUUGGGCUCCAAUCCUCUCAUCUCUGUGGAGAGUCACCAGGAUGGAGGGAUCCGGGUGGUUUGUCAAUCGGCUGGGUGGUAUCCAGAGCCCAAGGUGCUAUGGAGAGAUCCCAGUGGGCAAGAAUUACCAUCGCUCUCUGAAGCAAAAUCCCUAGGGGAUAGUGGCCUGUUUGAAACAGAAAAUUCUAUUAUUAUAAAAGAACGUUCAAACCAGAACCUGUCCUGUUGGGUCAGGAACACCUUUCUCAAUCAAGAAAAGGAAUCAACAGUUUAUAUAGCAGAAUUCUUUUUCCCGAAGGUGAAUCCAUGGAUGGUGGCUCUGAGUGUGAUUCUCCCAGUUUUGUUUGGUUUCAUUGGCCUCACUGUUUAUCUAUUUAAAAUAAAAGGGAAACGUGAUACAGAAAUCGAUGAUCUUCAAAGAGAACUUGACUGGAGAAGAAACAUCAUCUGCCCAGGUAACUACAGCUCCUAUUGCAUCAAUAUCCAAAGCUUCCUCUCUCUGCCCCAACGCUCUGAUUCUCUCUCCCCAGCGCAUGUGACUCUGGAUCCAGACACGGCUCAUCCCAACCUCGUCCUGUCUGAGGAUCGGAAACGUGUGAGACGGGGAGACACACGGCAGGAUCUGCCCGACAACCCUGAGAGAUUUGACACUGAGCCCUGUGUGCUGGGCUGUGAGGGAUUCACCUCGGGGAGACAUUGCUGGGAGGUGGAGGUGGGGGCUGGGCAAUACUGGGCUGUGGGGGUGGCCAGAGAGUCUGUGGGGAGGCAGGGAAGGAUCAGCCAUAGCCCUGAGGGGGGGAUCUGGGCUGUGGAGUGCUGGGGGGGUCUGUUCCAGGCUCUCACCUCCCCUGUGACCCCCCUGCCCCUGAGCCGGGUCCCCAGCAGGAUCCGGGUUUGUCUGGACUGUGACCGGGGGCAGGUGACAUUUAUCGAUGCUGGUGACGAGGCCCCGAUCUUCACUUUCCCGCCGGGCUCCGUCCCUGGGGAGAGAAUCCGACCCUGGUUCUGGGUGUGGGCGGGAUCCCUCAGACUGUGUCCCUGAGACACACAG